AUGGACGCCAGCCAACACAACCACUCCUCUCACACCACCAACGCAGUCUAUGGAGAUGCUAGUGGUGAAGCCUGGCAAGAAUUCAUGGGUAUUGAUUCAAACUUUCCCUGUGAACAACCAUUGAUGCCAAUUGCCAAGCGCCUGACGCCCAUCCAGAAAGCUCAUGAUCAUCACCAGGAAUCCCAACACUGA